AUGGGAAACAUAUUUGUAUGUUUUUUUGCAUUUUUGUUACUUUUCUUUCGCACUUCCAAUAAUUUCUUUUUGCAUUUAUUUUGCUUCGUGUUUUUGCAGGCUCCUAAGGAAUGCAACUUGGUUUUGGUACAGCGCACGCCGGAUAUCUGCAAGUUCCUUGGGCUGGCAGCGAAUAGCAGCGACGAUAGCAGCACUAUUGCAACAACAACUGCAACGACCUCAACUAACGCCACACCAGCAGGCGGCAACAGCAACGGCGAUGACGGCACAACACAUCCUGCCGAGCAAACUGGCUCCAUUGGAGCUAUAUUGGCCGCUAUAUUAUCGUUGACUUGUUUCGUCGCUUGCCUCGGAGUGUUUGCCUUUUCACCGGAACGCCGGAACAGCGUGAGACGUUUGUUCGUACGCAGCACAUCUGCUGUGCGUUAUUCGAGGGUGCAGUCCAACGAAGAAGCGAACCUGUUGCUGGAGCCAAAUGGAGAAUUCACUGAAAGCGAUGACGAUAUGCUGCUCUAGAGCAGUAAUUGAAGGCCAAUUGAAGACAACGACCAGGGUUUCAAGAAACUUGCUACUUUAACUUGCAUUGAAUUGAAUACAAAAGCAACCAAUUUUUAGCAACAACAAAUAUUUAUUAUACUUAUCUAAAACUUAAUGGCUUAACUGAAAUAGUUUACUGAAAACGUUAUAAGCUAAAAUACAAGCGAGCUUUUUCUUUGCCACAGAAGCCUCAAGCGAAAUAUGGAAAAAAUUAAAAAAAAAAAUGAAAUAAAAAAUCCUGAAAAAACACCAAAGAGUAAAAAUACGGAAAAUAAUAAAAUUAAAAUAAUACAAUACAAAAUUCCGAAAUUCAAAAAAGGAGGAGCGGCGUCAAAAGAAGAUAUAUUUUAUUAAAAAUGUAGAUUAUAAAAAGAACUUCUAAACAGUUUUUAAACCAUAUAGGAUGUAUUAAAUGUGAGAGAAUACAAAAGUAAAAAACAACAUAAAUAUGUAUUAUACAAAUAUUUGUAAAUUGCACAUUGCGCAAUACACGAACGGUACUGUAUGUAUGUAUUGUAUUCACGGUGUAUGUGAACAGAGGAAACUAAAUGAAGUAUAUUUUUUUUAAUUCCAAAUAAUGGUAAAUGUAUGAAAUCGAAGUAUUGUAAUGAAAGUAUUUCGAGCCGCCAAGUAAUGUUAAAGAUCUAAAUUUAAGCUACUGAAUUGGAGUUAUGAUCUUUUUUGUGAAGUGGCGUCAUUAUUAAGAACACGUAUUUUAAUUGCUUUAAAAAUGCAUAUAUGCGUAAUGAAAAGACAUUCAAAACCACCAUAAGAUUAUAGCUUUAAUUGUGACUGUAACGCACACACACAUAACUAUGCAUUGGUGUGUCGUCUAUUUAAACUAAAUAUAAUAUUUAUAUGAAGUACUGGUAUUUACUACUUAUUCUUAUCCAAUUGAACUAAUUGCAUCUAUGUACUUAAUUUUUCUCUCAACCAGCUUUUUUUUAAUGAAUUAUAAACCAAUAAAUUUAAUUGAAAUGAAAUAAAAAUAAAAGGCGGAAAUUUAA